AUGGUGAAGACCGUGGGGAGCGAGACAAAUAUCCUCGCGUUGUCCUUGCCGAAGACGCUCUCAGGAUUGGUAGCCGGGAUUGCCCAGCUCUUCGGUGGGAUGGCGAACGACCCAACCCUUAGUGCCGCGUUCCCAAACCUCGUCGUCGCUGCUCAAGGAGGCGUCACCGCGCUUCAAGCGUUGGCUUUGGAGCAGAUGUUCACCCUGAGUCCUCUGGGUGGUAUGUCUGUCACCGAGCUGACUGCCAUCGGUGUCCCACCAUCUCUCCUCACCGGCUUCCCUUACGUCCCAGAGUACGCGUCGUGGGCCGCUGCUAGCGCCUCACUCCCAGUAUCUUCAGUCUCUAUUCCGACCCCGACGUCUACCGCGAUGUAUGUUUCCGUCGUGAAUGACGACACAGGUGAGACGGCCGCUGGGACAUUGGCCGCGAGUUCCACAUCACUCGCCGCGUCGCUUUCAAUUCCUCCAUUUCAAGCCCAACUUUGGCAAGGAUUUCUGCAGCACGCCAUGACGACAUACGGAAAAGAUGCGUUCACUGCGAUGCUCGGGCCAACAUUGGGUGCGAAUUCGAGCGGAAUUUUGAUCAAGCGUACCGUACAAGAGUGGAUCUUUGGAUACGAAGAUCCCGUCGUGUCGCCGACAUAUCCCGCUGGAGACCCCCGAAGAAUCAUUCGCUCUGUGACGAAGAUUCGAGACGCACGCACGAUCCAUAACGAUCAUGUCCCGUGGAACUUGACAGAUACAAGCACCUGGGCUCACAGUUAUGGAUCGACUCCUUAUCACGUCGCCACCGGCGUGGGCGCUCCGCGCGACGCGACAAAAAUUUUGAGUCGUUCCGACGGCUCAGGCCCGGUGAUCUAUCCUCACACCGGUCACGUUGAAAGCGUUCUCGGUAAGGACAUAGCAACCGGGCAGUAUCACGAUAUUAAGAAAACUGGGGUUUCGGUCGACGUAAAGGCUUGGGCUGAUUUCGGCAUGGGACUUGAUCUCAAGCGCUCGUUGACGCUUCGUCAUCGCCCUGGCCGAGCUGUCCAGAAGAAUGACAAGGUCUCUGUCGAGAUCUUCGGUGUCGCCCAUGAGGAAUUUAUGUCGUGCCCAGUGAAUCAGACCGCGUGCGGACGCAAUGCCAACUUCUACGGGAUAUUCAACGUGAGUGGUUUCGAGCUCGUUCCGAGCGUGUACACUCUCCCUCACGGACAUCGAGCGGACCCACGCCUUUUCGGCGGGUACGUCGAUCCGACGUCGAGUGCUUCUCCGUUCUCGCCAAACCCGGCGAAACACGACAUUGAGUUCUCUAUCUAUGAGCACACCGGGAAUACGUUCGGCAUGCGGGUCCCCAUCCAACAAAACUUCAAGAUUGACCGCACGGACCUCUUCUUCACCACUCUCUGGUCUGGCGCCGCGAUGGGAGACCAUUUCUACGUCCCAAUCUCGUGGACCAGUCUCGAGUACGACGUCGGAGACGACGUGUACGACUCCAUCAAGGACACCGUCACCCACAUCGAGCUCCUCGUUGCGACGUGGACGUACAUCUGUCCCGCUCUAUGCUUCAUGGGCAUCCUAUUCAGCGGCGUCACGCUCUACGUCAGGCGAGCCCUCAAUCGAAGACUCGUGGACAACGACCGUCGCGAGCGCGAGACCACGAGGGACGACUCUCACGCGAUAGGUUCUUAUCGCGAGAAGACCCUCGUGUCGUCGCUCCGCAAGAAGCACGCUGAGCUCCUCGACGAGAGCUCUCGACGGUCCGACGAGGCACCGGCUUCGCCCGACGUCGCCGACGCCGUGUGA